AUGGGAAAAGGUUGUAAGAGUAAUAAAUUUUUGACUCUGAUAAAAAAAGAGAGUUUAGUGGAAAAUAAUGACAAAGUCACGGAGUCGCUUUUGUUAACAAGUGAGAAAAAUGAUAAUAAUAACUUACCUAGCAGCAGUGUUGAAGAACUCUCCGAGCCUGAUGAACCCGCAGAGCUAGAAGAAGAAAUCUCAAAAGUAAACAAAAAAAGCCUUACCCGUGAAGAAUACUACACAAAGUUAGCAGAGCUUCACAUCAAGUACAACUGCAUCCCCCAGGCGAUUCGGUACUACACCCUCGCAAUUGGUCGGAACCCAACCAAAGAGUCUCUGUACAACGCCCGGGCUAAACUUCAGUAUGACUCUGGAAACAGCCGAGCUUUCAUUUUGGCCUACCAGGAGUUUUCUUCAAAACUAGACGCGGAAGACCAGCACCAGCUGGUGGUAAUAAACUGCGCUAAGAAAUUGGCCCAGUUGCUGAUUAAAGAAAAAAAUUACACCGAGGCUCUGAAGCCCAUUGAGUCAAUCUUCCAGCAUUGUCUGCACCUGCUCUCCGACCAGGAAGUUAAUUUAUACUUGUUCAUCUCUUUGAAGCUCCGUAAAUUUUACAAAUGCAUUGACAUUUUAUCAAAACACACUUCUAUACAAAUUGAGUACAAAGUUAUUGACUCUAAAAUAUUUACUCAUAAAUUAUUAACAAGCGCAAUUGAGUUUUGUCACAUUCCAAAAGAGACUCCAGUUAAUUUGAAGAUCAAUUGCAUUAUUUUGUUCAUUGAGCUCGGGUGCAUUGAUAAGGUUGACUGCUAUCUUGAUGAAUUCGACCUGAAGAAUAUUAAAAUUUACAGUAAUUUAAUUGUUGAUCUAAUUAAAUCAUUAAUGAACAUCCAGAGGUACGACAGAGCUCGUAGGUUGCUUGAAUUGUUGAUGAAAUGGAACAAAGUUAAAAAUUUAGUUUCUCUUUGGAUGCUCUAUGCAGAAUGCUGCGUGGAAUGUUUUGCUAAAGUUGAAAAUUUUGAGCUUAAUAUUUCAGAAUUUCUUCAGAAUUCUGAAACAGAUCCGAUCAUUCCUUUGAUCCAGUCGGCAAUUGUUGACAAGAUGGCGGUCGAAACAAAAUGGAUGCGCUUGGCACGCAUUUAUCAAGAGUUUGGUUAUGAAGACCAGAUGGCUACUUGUCGCACUAAAGCGGCGGGAGUUGAUUUGAAAAAUAAUAAGCCUGAAGUAGAAAAUGGGCUUGAUUGUUUGGAUAUACUGAAGAAUUAA